AUGUGUGCGGUCGCGGAAAGUGCCUCUCACGCAUCAGCAGCAGGCGAUCCGUCGCAUGUUGUCGUAAAUUCUCCACGUGGUGAGUCACCACGUGCGACAGGUACAUCCGUUGCGUCUGCAGCGGGUACUACCAGUCGUAAUCCGGACGAGUCUGAAAUAGAGUUCAUCUGUUCUGGCGAGUCGGAUGAUGUAUCCGACUCGAAGGCGACUACUCACGCCUCCGAGUCACCCGGGACGGACGCUGCAAAAGCCAGGUUGACUGGCUCAGGUCAGCGCGGCAGUAUCAUGACCGAGAUCUUCGGAUCGAGUGAUUAUACCGAUGAGUCUCCGCCUUACGCAAGUCCAUCCAACGAUAGGACGCGUGGAGAUGGUGGUGAUGCACCUAUACAACACCACGAGCGAAGUAGUUCGAGGGAUCGGGGGAUCACUGGUGUUAGUGCUCAUGCUAGCACAAAUUAA